UGUGCAUAUAUCUUUUUAACAAUAAUUUAUAAUAUUUCAUUUAUGUUUGUUGAAUUAAUCUCUUGGAAGUCUUUGAUAAUACGUUGUAUAUCGGCCUUAAUAUUUUAUCAGUUUUAUCAGUUACCUUGACAUUUGAUUAGCCUGUCACCUGUCAUCCAUUUCUACUUGGUGUAUGUACAAAAUGUACUUUGACCGAAAAUAGCAAAUAUGAAUUAGGAAACAUACAGUUAGGUUAAAGUUAUUAAGUAUUCAGUUGUGAUAAGGUGAAAUUUGUCAAUUGUCGUAUUAAGACAACAUGGGUAAUAGAUCUAGCUUACUUUUGCGCGAAGAAGAAAUAGCGCAAAUCCAGGAAGCCACUGGAUUUACUCCAAAUCAAAUUGAACGCUUAUACAGUCGUUUUACAAGUCUCGAUCGCGGAGAUUGUGGAACACUGAGUAGAGAAGACUUUCUUCGAAUUCCAGAAUUGGCAAUUAAUCCUCUGGGUGAUAGAAUUGUAAAUGCUUUCUUUGAAGAAAGCGGUAAUGAUAGGGUGAAUUUUCUACAAUUUAUGCAAGUGCUGGCUCACUUUAGACCAAUUAAGAAAAAUAGUCCAAAUAGGCUAAAUUCUAGGCAAGAGAAACUAAAAUUUGCUUUCAAAAUGUAUGAUUUGGAUAACGAUGAUUUGAUAUCAAAAGACGAGCUUCUAGCUAUUUUACACAUGAUGGUUGGGGCAAAUAUUAGUGAAGAACAGUUAACUAGUAUUGCAGAACGGACCAUAAUGGAAGCUGAUGAGAAUGGUGAUGGAAUGAUAUCAUUUGAUGAAUUUUGCAAAACUCUGGAAAGAACAGAUGUUGAGCAAAAAAUGUCUAUAAGGUUUCUCAGCUAAUUUAUUUGAUUGUUUCCUUUAAUAAUGCACAAUUUGCUGAUGAGUUGAAUGUAUUAAACCUAAUUGUAAUUGAUUGCAUUAAACGUAAUAAUUAAUUUUUUCACAGAUAAUCUGAUUUAUUUUACAUAGGACGGAAAAUCGAAACGUUUAUCAAUGUAUUUGAAAGGUGAAUCAUUGAAUUUUAUUCCUCUUAAAAAUCUUACGAAAAUCAUCAAUAAUUUUAAUUAUUAAAAAACUUGUACACUUAUAUACCACUUCUAUGUUUAAUAAUGUAUAAAUUUCAUAGAAUUACAGAUUUUGACAACCUACUCUUUACAAUGUCUAAUUCGUUACACGACUUAUUACACUGUUUACAAUCUUCGAAAAAAAGUGACGAGGUCUACUUAUAAUACCGUUGAAAAAUAAGUUAUACUACCGAUGACGCACUUUAAAAAAUUGGAAUACAUCUAAAAUAUGUAUUACGUUGUUAACAUGUAUUUUGUUUUGUACACGAAUUAUACUUGGACUUCGAAAAAAUAA